AUGGUAGACACCACGGCGGAGGCGACGGCCAGUUUGCCAUCACCGCCCCCGAAAGCUUCGGCCCACACCCAGCAGUCUCAGCCCGAGUCAGAACGGGAGGCCGCUCCGGCGGAAGCCCUGGAGGCGGAGAACACGGUAGAGGCCGACACGGACGACGGCGCGUCGUCGCAGGCGAGCGAGACAUGGGACGAAGGGUUCGACGGACGGAGCGCCAGCAACCAUUCAGCCUCGACGUCGCUGUCCAACAGCGUGCGCGACUACGUGUUCGAGAACUCGCGGCGAUACCACAAGUACAUGGAGGGGAGGUACCUGAUGCCCAACGACGAACCGGAACAGGAGCGCGAAGACAUGAAGCAUGCCAUGUGCGUCAACGUCAUGGAUGGGAAACUGCACUGCGCGCCGAUAGAAAACCCGCAAAAGGUUGUCGAUAUCGGCACGGGGACGGGCAUCUGGGCCAUCGAUAUGGGCGACGAAUUCCCCGAAGCCGACGUCGUCGGCAUCGACCUCAGUCCCAUCCAGCCGACCUGGCUCCCCCCCAACGUCCGCUUCAUCGUCGACGACGCCGAGGCUGAAUGGGUCUGGCCCGCCAACUCGAUCGACUUCGUCCAUGCCCGGCACAUGUGCAUGGCCAUCAAGGACUGGCCGCGCCUCCUGUCCCAGGCGCACCACGCCCUCAGGCCCGGCGGCUGGGUGGAGCUGCAGGAGCUGCGGUUCCACCUCCAGUGCGACGACGGGACGAUGCCGGGACCGGCCCAGUACGGGUACGGCCGGUUCGUCGAUCUGUGCAUGGAGGGGUUCCGGAGCUUCGGCAUCGACCCGCUGGGCAUGGAGAGAAACGCGGAGCGGCUCCGUAGCAGCGGCUUCGAGAGGGUCGAGGAGAAGGUGUGGAAGGUGCCCAUCGGGACGUGGCCGCGGGACCAGAACCUCAAGACGAUAGGGCUGUACAACCGGAGCAUGCUCACCGACGCGUUGCAGGCUGUGAGCAUGGCGCCGCUGACGAGAGGGCUGAAGUGGAGCGCUACCGAGGUGGAAAUCUUCCUCAUCGAUGUCCGGAAGAGCCUGAUGAACUCUUCGAUACACUCGUAUCUGACGUUCCAUGUCGUUUACGGGCAAAAGCCUGGCGGCGUCUAA